AACAGUCGGAACUAUCCAUCGCCGCCAUCAAGAAGAAAAUCGCCAGGGACAACUGGACUCAGGAACCAAGAAGUCGAAACCCGGAGUCCCGGAGACAUCUCGGAUUAAAUCAAAACACCUAAUGCCGCGAAGUAGCGUACUGACCGAUGAGCAAAACAAACUGAAUGCUCGUCUGGAUGCGCACAUAAUCUACAUAUGUCCCGAGUGUGGUAAAGCCUUUCGCACACAAGUCGAGUGGCGACAGCACUUAAAUACAAAGCACGAUUACCUCAAAAAGACUCACACUGAUUUCAAUUUCAGUCAAAUCGAUGAGCAGUUUCAUGAGUGUCAGAUUUGCCACCAAUGGGUGGAGAAUGCUCACAAGACUAUUGCUUUGCUGCAGUACCAUUAUUUCAUGCAUCUGGAUCGUCGCGAAACGUACCGAUGUGUAUACUGUCAGUUGGCUUAUCCACGGCGGCGAGCGCUCAAUGAUCAUCUAUUGUCGACGCAUUUGAAAGAGAUCGAAAACUAUGAGGCAAAGUUGAAGCAUGUGAAGCGUAGUCAGGAGGAAAAGAAGGCAGCGAAUGCGAAAAGUGUAAAGCUGCCAGGAAAGCGCAAUGAUCUGUUGCAAAAGGCACUGAUGGACAUUGAUCUGCAGGCAGAAGAUCCCGAUGAGUCUGCGUCGACAACAGUGCCCGCUGCCAAAGCCAAGCCGAAUGCUAGCGAACAGGCGCUAGAUCGCUGCUUGGAUGCUUACGAUGACAUUGUACGUAAGGAAAAGGAUAUGCAGUAUGAAGUCGAUUUAGAGGCACUGUGUCAGGAAUUCUUUGAGGAGCGCCUUGAGGACACUGAUAAGGACACAAAUCCAAUUGAUGCAAGUACCGCACCCAAUAAGGAAGUGGUGACUAUUGAAAUCGAUGCGCUAGGCGAAGAAGAAGUGCAUAAUCUCAAGAAGAAAAUGAAAACGGAGUUAGAAACACAUCCAGAAAUGAAAACGCCCCAUAAGCGUCGACGUUUGUCAACAACACCAGAGCGUGAUGUGGAUGUAGAUGUAGAGUUUUCCACCAUUGGCCUGAUGAAACUAAUCUCGUUUUUGUGUCCAAAGUGCGGCAAGGAAAUUGACUCCAUGGAUGCUUGGCGUACGCACGUGUUCAAGAAGCAUAAUUUCGAGCACUUCAUUGAGAAUAGCUUUAAGAUCAAAGAUCGACAAAGCAUUUGCCUGCAAUGCCACGAGCCGUUGCACACAACCAAACGGUCCGAACUGCAAAAGCAUUGCUUCAAACAUCUGCCAUAUCAAUCGUAUUUAAAAUGCAGCCUAUGCGAACGGACCAAGACAAGCAUGCCUAAGAUGUACAAUCACAUACGGCACAAUCAUCAGGAGGAGCUGCAAAGCAAGAACAAGACCCAGUUACUCAUCAAAUCGGAGCCGUGCACACAACGAGCAAUUAAGAAACGAGAAAGUCCGCAUUCUGAUCAAGAUGUGGACCUCUUCUGCCAAUAUUGCAGCAAGACAUUCAAAACACGUUGGCGCUUCGAGCGUCACAUAAUGCUUUGCAAGUCAGUAGUUGCACCUGCAUCUACAUCUGAAGAUGACCUAAGCGCAGAUGCAUUGCUCAAGCAUUUGCGCGAAGGACGAUUACGCAUGGAUGCAAUUGAUGGCGUAAUACCUAAUAUAUGUCUGUGAAAUCUCUCAAUCUUUCAUUUAGUAAUUGUAUACAAUAAUAGUAAUGUUAAUACACUAAUGGAAUAAAUUAUACACCAUUAAGUAAAGCGAAUCUUAAGAAACAUAUGUAUGAGUGAAAAAUAUAAAUAAACUGUAUAGUUUGUAAUACAA